AUGGAGCCAGAUUUGACAGUCGAGAAAAUCAGGACGAAAACGAGCGUGCGAAAUGACAUAGAGGCCGGGAUUCUGCCUGCGCUAAACACCACGGUAUCGCGAGCCACGACUAUAUCAAAAAAGAGAGCCUACACUCUCAUGGUACUAGUUGUUCUCACGCAGGGCGUGCAAAUGUUUGCAUAUGGAGCUGGUAUCGUCGGUGCACUCAAGGUCGGCCGCGCUGUGGGCGCAUCAGACUCGUUGGCGACCUGGAUCGCUGCAUCAUAUCCGCUAACCCAAGGUUCCUUUGUCUUGAUCAGUGGUCGGAUGGGUGCCGUCUAUGGACACAAGAGAGUCAUGACGCUUGGCUCAGCCAUUUGGGUCUUUUGGAUGUUGGCCACGGCAUACGGACGAAAUAUCGUCGGCAUCAGCUUCAUGAGAGCGCUUGCGGGGAUAGGAGGCGGCCUCCUUGUUCCCAACGCCGUGGCUCUCUUAACGACAACAUUCCCUCCUGGAAAACAACGAAACUUGGCACUGGCUCUCUUUGCUUCCAUGGGGCCGGCCGGCGGCGCCGGUGGAUGCACCAUUGCCGGUAUCUUGUUUGAAUGGACUGAUUGGACAUGGCUCUUUUUCUUCCUGGCUGUUCUAGGCGCGGUGAUAUUUGGUGCAGCGAUUAUCAGUGUUCCGGAUGACGAACCUUUGGACCCCGAUGGAGCCGUCGACUGGAUAGGAGCAUACCUCGGCGUUGCAGGAUUGAUCCUAUUCAACUUUGUUUGGAAUCAAGCUCCGAUUGCCGGUUGGUCGAAUCCAUACGAAUACGUGCUACUCAUCGUUGCCAUUGCUCAUUUCGCCCUGUUCUUGGUUUGGGAAGCAAAGUGGGCAACAACCCCAAUACUCCCCUUUGGUAUCUGGAAAGUGCCGUCUUUUGGCGCUCUCAUUCUGGUCUUGUUCUGCGUCUUCAUGAGCGUGGGUAUCUAUUGCUGGUACGUCACCGUCUGGCUGGCCAACCUGCGAGGCUGGGGUCCGGUGUUGCUUGGCCUUUCCUUUCUACCAAUGGCAAUUACUGGAUCGGCAUCUGCUUUCUUUGCAGCAUGGGUCGUAAGCAGAGUGCGAGCCGAGGUCGUCCUUUGUCUCGGCUCUCUUGGCGCGGUAGCAAUGAAUGUUCUUGUUGUCACUAUGCCAGUGGAGGAAGUCUGGUGGGCGCAGGUAUUUCCCGCCAUGAUUUUCGCAGGAUGCACGGGAGACAUGAUAUUUGCCGCUGGCCAGAUUAUUGCCAGUAGCAUUGUGAGUAAAAAGCAUCAAGGAACUGCUGGAUCUCUGCUUGGAACCCUUUUUACGUACGGAUUGAGUACCGGCCUGGGAUUUGCCGGGACGGUCGAGGUCAACGUGAAUAAGAAUGGAACGGAUAUCGUGGGAGGCUACCGAGGAGCCGAAUACUUGGCAAUAGGAUUUGCGGGGAUGGCGUUUGUGAUAGCGCUGCUUUUUGUGAGGAUGGAAAGGAACACUGUUGAGGGCUGGCAAGGCGAGGAUGCUGAAGAUUAUCAGCCUGAGCACUGA